AGUGGAAAAUUGAUCUACGAUUUGUCCAUGUAUAACUUAACAUUCGCUCCUGAACACUAAGAGAUACAAGUUUCAUAUUUUUUAUUAAAAAAUAACACAAUGUUGGCAAAAAUAUUUUUGGUCGUUUUUCUAACGACUGGUGUUAUGACAUUCGCUAAGGAUGAGAACGAACUUGUUAGCUCAGCUCUUGGGACUGGAACGACAUUUAUGAAAGAAGCUUCAAAAUAUAUUGCAGAUGACCCGGAUAAAUACUCCGUGGAUUUGAACGCUUUGUACAAAAAAUAUGAAAUCGGAGCAAAGGCUGAGCAAGCCAGAAACAUGCUCCAGGCUCAGAUAAAAAAAAGUUUUGAGAUGACUAAUGAUUAUGUAAAGAAAUUAAAUAUUGACGGUGAAGAACAUUUAAAGAAGAGUAUUGACAUCAUUAAGAAAGAAGACUCCGUGUUAGGAGAUAAAUUAACUAAAUUUUACGAUAAGUCUUGUGAAUUAGACAGAAUAUCUGAAGAUAUUAUCAAGUACGUAUUGGACGCAGAUAAAUUUAAUGGUGCAUUGGACAAGGCCAAAUCUGCACUCCGUCCAAUCGAACACAAAUUGGCUGAUUCAAUCAAAAAGUUCGAGACCAUUGUUCUUGAACAUCUGCCAAAAAAAGGAAAGAAAUAGGAGUAAUAUAUCAACAACAAUUUCAACUUUCAACAAUUAUUGAACAAUAUAAUACCUAACCUAGUUUUAAUGUGUUCAAUAUUGUAUUAUUAAAUUUACAUUUAAAAUAUAUAAUUUAUGUUUAUACUUAUAAUACAAAAUAUCACGCAGCAUAGCCCAUAUGUACCUACUAUAGAUAGCAUCAAAAAUAAUAAAUUUAAUGUAGUAAUAUAACUUCUUAACUGAUUAUCUAAUAAAAAAAAUAAUUUACCACCAAA